CAUCUUGAUGAGGAAAUUUUAGAAAAAUUGAUUGCGGCUUCAACAAAACCUCAAGUCACCAGCGGUGGUCAAUGGUCUGGUCAAGAAAAAGGAACAAACCAAAUUUUCUCCAAAAAAGGGAAAGCAUAAGACUUCUUAGGCCAAGACUUAAAUAAAUAUGAGAUGAAAAAAAAGGAAAAGGGAGAUUACGCAAUUGGGAGGCGCUACAUCAACCUAACCUAGGCAAAAUUGGCUUACAUCUAAUAAAUAUUAAGUGAUUUCUUGACUUAAGGAGGAGCAAACAAUGAUGUAAGUGUUAAAUGAAGGUAUAUAAACCAUGUAAAAUUAGGGAAGUGGGAGGAGGUGAGAGAUAGACAGCUUCACAGUUUGUCUGUUUGUCUUUUGUCUGGCUGGCCCAGUGCUGUCCAUUUACUUUUGGCUGCAAUAAACUCUUUUGCUAUUUCAGUGCUUGAGUAGUUAUUGAUUUUGUUUUGGAAAUUUGGCAUAGUACACAACAAAUUUGCCACGACAUAUUGGCGUUGUCGGCAUAGGAUACCCCGGCUGGUCGUUGCAGCCCCUCGGGGGUCGGCGACCCUACGCAGUCAGCGGAACUGCCGGCAAUAGGAACAAGACUAACGCAGCAACUCACGAAGGAACAAUUAACAAGAAAGAACUUCAAUCAGCAGAAAUAGGAGACUGGGUAUAUAUCAAAGUAUUUAAAAGAAAACACUGGGCACAAGGUCGCAGAGAAGGACCAUACAAGGUGGUACUUGCUACUCCAACAGCCAUCAAAGUAGAAGGUAAAGAGCACUGGUAUCACUUAAAUUACUGUUGCAAGGCAAAAGGUCCUAGAGACCUCCAAGCUCCACCAAAGGACAUAGAAAUCCCGUCGAGAGAAAACAAUUAUUUCAACGACGAUGACAGUGAAAAUGAAGAACAUGGUCCAGCACACCGUACCCGAGCACGAGUAAAAGCCACACAACCAACAGCUUUAUAAAGAAAGUGGAAAAAUUCCACAACUCUGUCAAAUUAGGAUCUAAACAGCUACUAGAAAUUAUUUGGACAUUUGUAACCAUACACAACAUACACAACCACACAGUAAAACACAGUAAAUCCACCACAAUGCGACAGCAAAGCAGACUAAAUCAUGCUAACAUACAUGCAUUAACAUUAGCAAUGGGUUUUAUGUUUGGAACUGUCAUCAUGAUAAGAAUAUUGUAUAUAGUACUAACAAACCCAGAACCCUUAAACCCGACCCGCAAUGACUAUCUACCAAACAUGAGUUAUCGAUAUAAGCGUGCCGCUAAUAUGACUCGCAACCGCAUUACCAUUCCAUACACCAUCAAAAAGAGCAUAAACACCCGCAACAACAUAGUUAUUAAUUUGGAUUCUAGAAAAUUGAUCCACCUAAAGGAAACACUCCAUCAACAUGUAGAAUGUGGAAUGGCUAUGCUAGUCCUAGGAAAUGGAAAAACCAUGGUGUCACCUUACAAAACACUAGUUGCUACAUACCAAGCCCAAAGGUACAAUCACUAUAUAUCAUUGUCAUUAGAAACUAAUUUCUUUAUUAUGACUGGUAAACCUAAAGACAAACGAUGUCUAGGUUGGAAAAAUGAUAUAGACGGCCAGAUUUACACCUUAAUAAAUUCCAAUACCUUAACUGCAGAAAAAGGAAUUAAAGACUCAAUAACCAUUCAAUUCAAUUUUCAAUGCAUCAAAGUCGGAUGUUGGCCUUUCGCUGAAACCAGCAACAACAACUCUAAGAAUAUACCACCCGCACACUAUGCCUUUACUGUAUUCAGGCUAACAGCAUAUCAACUGGUAACCGAUGUCAUCACAUCUCCAAAAGCGCAUAAUGCACACACUUACCAACAGGAGAGUCUAUAUAAACAAUGGCUAACAUACAGUGCCCUUAGUGUAACUAAUGAAACAUGCAUUGUAUGUCACGAAAGAAACAAUCGUCCUUUACUAGUUAAACCCACUAGAGGGCUAGAUGAAUGCUCUCAACCUCCCUACAACACAAAAUUUCUAUGCCCAAUCGCUUGUCUGCUCGGAGCAGCGGCCAAACCAGCUGGUGCUGAAUGGAUGCGAAAUUUAAGUACUAGCUGCACUUACUCACCAUUGGACACUUUAGAAGAAGCACAUCCUACUGUAUACAUAAAAGGCACAACGUCUUUACCAUUGUGCCUAUGUUCCAAUGGGCUAAUUCCAGUGGGAAAUGCGUCUAAGCAGUGUGAAUCUGUAAUGGACACCCGUAACACCCUAAUUGCGACUAGCACUAUAUGUAAUAGGAAAUUAGACUACUCAUGCACGGAAUCAAGUAAAGCCUUUUUAAUAAUACCAAGCUUACACAGGGGUACCCGACCGCUAGCUGAUAUCUUUUGGUAUUGUGGAGAAAACCAGAUGCAUCAAACAUUACCAGAUGGAUGGUAUGGUUGUUGUGCACCUGUUUUGUUAGAAGGUAAAGUGCAAAUAAUACAGUUUGACUGGUCCAGACUACGACACAAACGCGACACUGAUGAUUGGACGCAAUACUUACUUACAGACAAUACUAGCGUCUUACAAAUUCAAAAAUGGGCACCUGAUCCAAAUGUUAAAAUCGAUUGGUCUGGAACUCCAGUAGGGAUUCCAGAGGAACACAUCAUAAUGGAUAUGACAGGAACAGGACUCACAACUGGCAUAUUUCCCUGGUUUCAAAUUGUACGUAAUACUAAAUGGAUUAAUUAUGUAUGGUACAAUCAACAACGAUUUAUCAAUUAUACUAUCUCUGCUUUAGACUUGGUUAAAGGACAAUUGCAUGCUACCACACUCAUGGCAGUACAAAAUCGAUUUGCCAUAGACAUGAUGAGAGCCCCAAAUGAAGGAGUAUGCGAGUUAAUAGGAACCUCAUGCUGUACACAAAUCCCCCUACACACUGGCCCACAUGGAGCUCUAACGUUAGUUAUCGAAAGAAUGAAAGCCCUACGAGAUGAACAUGUAAAAAAUACUAUUGAAACACAUACAACAUGGACACCAUGGUUCUUCUCAACUGACUGGAAAGCAUACUUAAUCAGAAUAGGUACCAUGAUAGGAAUAAUCCUAUUAGCCACAUUACUAAUAAUCUGUUGUGUUAUACCCUUAAUAAGGAGGUUAAUUAGUAAACUCGGAAGUACUUUACUAGGACAAUACGUAAUGUCAAUACAUGAAACGGAAACGCAUGAAUUACAUGAAUCACCUAUUGAACAUAGCUAUGAAACCAUACCUAGUGGGAGGACUAGCAUGGUCAUGGAAAGAGUAGAGGAGAGCACACUGUAAACAAAUAACCAUGUAAAUAUACAUAUAAAAGAAUUUUCACACAUAUAGACAAAAUAUUGAUGGAACUAUAAACCUGAUGAAAUGUAAACUCUUGAUUGAACUUGUGAACUUUUAUUAUGAAAUUGUUUAGUAUUUAUGUAGUUUAGUGUGUGCAGGACCAGAACUUUAUCAUGGCGACAGGAGGCAGAGACUGCCAUCUCACUGUUGACAUGUUCAUACAUGAGUUGAUCCACAAAGAAUGCCAAAAUGUGGGAGGAGAUGCCAUAUGCUACGUCUGCCAACAAGCAAGACUACAUCGCUCUGACACAAGUUUUGCACCUUGGAGAGGACAAUACACACCGGAUCGUAGCCUUACAGAGUUGAAACAAUGGACUACGGUGCAUGAGCUCCUUCGGCCUACUGAACUCCUACUUGACUUUGUAAAUCUAAUAUUGAAUCGAGACACGUGGGUAAACCGUAAGACUGUAACAAGAUACUUCAUAAAGACCACUCCUGAACUAUGCCUUACCACAACUCAAUGGUACUGCGUACGAACAGUAUCUGUCUCUAAAUAUAAUGAGACAGAAAAUUAUCAAGUAUACUUAAUCUCGGAAGACAUUCGUCAAUACUGGACAUUUAACGUUGUCUCUUUCUCAAUCAACGAUUUUGAGCUAUGGAACUCUAACCCAAAGCAACAAGCCUGGUUGGCAAACCUGCCAACAACCUCCCCAAAUAGAACAUUCACACGGGAUAACUCUGAUCUGUACUAUACCAAUAAAAACAAAGCGGACUAUGGAUGCAUAAAAAACAUUUGGUCAACGCACGUAAGCAACUUGCCAACCUGGAUGCAUAAACGCUAUCGUCGCUACCAACAAUAUCGUACUCGGCAGGAACCAUGCCGACUUUAGAAACCAUAAACUCCUGGUCCAUAAAAAAAUUUCAUAUAAAUGUAAAUUCACUGUAAUCAAGUCAGGUAUUAAUGAUUUUACUUUAUAAUCAUUUUUUGAUUUUUGUCUUAAUGUUUUAUUUUGAAUAUUUGAUAUCUGAUAUUUCGGUGGUUUACAACUGGUUAUGUGCUAUAAUGAUCUGUGUUCAUUACUAUUGAGUCCUCUGACCAGAUGCCAAUGCAUUGUCGAGUGCUAAGCCACUGGCAGGGUAGGAAUUUUUCCUCAAAUUUAGUCCAUGAGGUUUUUUCGCCUACCCCUGAGCAGAGAACCUAAAAUUAGCUAUAAUUUCUCCUGAUUACAAGGUAGAGACCACAAGGUCUAUCCGAGAAAGGCAAGAAAAAGUAGCAAUUGUUAAAAGUAUCAAUGCUAUCAUAAAUGUGUUAAUAAUCUAGAACUUGUUACUAGAGCUCCUCCUUAAUCAUGGAAUAGGCGGGAAUAGGCGGGAAUGUGAAAAAAAUUGAGUAAAGCCAUAUUCAUGGCUUUCAGGGGGGAAUGUGGAAAAAAAUUAUUAAACUAUAAUUGAAGUUGAGUGGAAGGUACCAAAUACCCAGAAGGCCUUAGUUCAAGAGGCCUUAAUCCUCGCAGCCUGCACAACAAAUUGAGGAAGUGAGAAAAACAUGCAGGCAGAAGGCAGGAGUUAGAUAAUAGAGCAAUAAGAUAAGAAAACUAACAUCAGGAAAAAUAAUAACCUGUAAUCUUUAAUAAUAAUACUAAUAAUAUUUACUACGUUUACGCUUAAGAUGAUUAACGAUGGUUGGGUAAUGUAAAUUAAAGAAAAUGUGCAAAGUGUGACCCAAGAACAACCCGUACACACAGAGUGCAAGAAGUUGUGCAACUUUAAUGGAAUGGAAAAUUCAGAAAGUGCAGGCAGUGAUC